AUGGCGUACCAGUACCACCACCAGGACCACGCGCUGGGGAUGGACCCGGCGGCGGCGGCGGGGAACCCCGGCGGCGGCUUCGCGCCAGGCCUAGGCGCGGGCGGGUGGGAGAGGGAGAAGGCGGCCAUCGAGGCGCACCCGCUGUACGAGCGGCUGCUGGAGGCGCACGUCGCCUGCCUCCGCGUCGCCACCCCCGUCGACCAGCUCCCCCGCAUCGACGCGCAGGUCGCCGCGCGCGCCCCGCCGCCCGUGCCCCCCGCCGCCGCGCCCGCCGGCGGCGAGGAGCUCGACCUCUUCAUGACACACUAUGUGCUGCUCCUCUGUUCCUUCAAGGAACAGCUCCAGCAGCAUGUGCGCGUCCACGCCAUGGAGGCGGUGAUGGCCUGCUGGGAGCUCGAGCAAACUCUGCAGAGUCUUACAGGGGCAUCUCCUGGUGAAGGCACCGGGGCAACUAUGUCCGAUGACGAAGACAAUCCGGUCGACAGUGAGAGCAACAUGUUUGACGGGAACGAUGUGUCAGAUGGCAUGGGCUUCGGAAUGCUAACCGAGGGUGAGAGAUCCUUGGUCGAGCGCGUGAGGCAAGAGCUGAAGCAUGAGCUUAAACAGGGGUAUAGAGAAAAGCUUGUGGACAUCAGGGAGGAGAUACUGCGGAAGCGAAGAGCCGGAAAGCUCCCAGGGGACACGGCGUCUACCCUGAAAGCUUGGUGGCAAGCCCACGCCAAAUGGCCGUACCCAACUGAGGAGGACAAGGCGCGGCUGGUGCAGGAGACGGGGCUGCAGCUGAAGCAGAUCAACAACUGGUUCAUCAACCAGCGCAAGCGGAACUGGCACAGCAACCCUACCUCGUCCUCGUCAGACAAGAGCAAGAGAAAAAAGGAACAAUGCAGGUGA